GGUUGCAUUCUUAAUGCAGCAACAUUAUAAACCAUUUAGUGCACCGUUCAGCUUGUUAUUAAACAUGGCGCCUGAGAUCAAAUAUACAAAGCUGUUCAUCAAUAAUGAGUGGGUGGACGCUUCCAGCGGCUACUCUUUUGCCGCCUACGCCCCUCACGAUGGCUCCGUCAUAGCUCAGGUCGCCGAAGGAGAUAAGGCUGACAUUGACUUGGCGGUAACCGCGGCGAAGGCUGCCUUCCACCGUGACUCAAAAUGGCGUUUCCUGGACGCCUCAGCCCGUGGCAGGCUCCUCAACAAGUUCGCGGACCUCAUACACCGCGACGCGCAGUACCUCGGCGAGCUCGAGUCCUACAACAACGGGAUGAACAUCCGCAUGGCGCUCGGGAUUGUGCAGAAAGGCGUUAAUGGAGCGCGCUAUGCUGCCAGCUUGGCGGACAAGAUCCAGGGUGAUACUAUUCCUGCAGAUGGUGAUCUAUUUUCGUAUACUUUGAAACAGCCCGUUGGUGUUUGUGGUUUAAUCUUGCCGUGGAAUGCUCCUAUAUUAAUGUUUGUAAACAAAGUCUGCACAGCGUUGGCUGCAGGUUGCACAGUAGUAGUAAAACCUGCAGAGCAAACUCCUCUAACCUCGCUAGCCUUAGCGGCUCUACUGAAGGAAGCAGGCGUACCCGCAGGUGUCGUGAAUGUGGUGCCUGGCUUCGGCCCCGGCGCUGGGGCCGCGCUAACCCAUCACCCUGAUGUUGCCAAAAUUUCCUUUACGGGGUCUCUCCAGGUUGGCAAGCAAAUUCAGCAGGCGGCCGGGAAAGCGAAUCUUAAGAGGGUGACACUUGAGCUCGGUGGCAAAAGCCCUUUGGUAAUCAUGAACGAUGCUGACUUAAACUUGGCGGUAACUUGGGCCGCGCAUGGCGUCUUCGGUAACCAGGGACAAAUGUGUUUCGCCGCGUCGAGGACGUUUGUCCAGUCAGGCAUAUACGACACGUUUGUGGAGAAGGCCGUGGAGUUUGCGAGGAAUAUUAUAAUUGGCAAUCCGUCUAACCCUGACGUCGAUCAUGGCCCGCAGGUUGACGGUGAGAUAAUGAACAGAAUUCUCGCCUACAUCGAAAAGGGAAAACAGCAAGGUGCGAGACUAAUGACUGGAGGAAACCGGAUCGGCACAACCGGCUACUAUAUCGAGCCUACAGUGUUCGCUGACGUUGAGGACCAUAUGACCAUAGCUAAAGAAGAGAUUUUUGGGCCUGUACAAUGUAUCUUCAAAUUUGAGACCCUGAAAGAGGCGAUUGAUCGUGCUAAUAACACUAACUAUGGUCUUGCAUCGGGGAUUUUCACGAAGAAUAUAAACGAUGCUUUGCACUUUAGUAAGCACGUGGAGGCUGGAAACGUUUGGAUUAAUACGUAUUUGGCGUCUACAGCGCAAACUCCUUUCGGGGGGUUUAAGGACUCUGGAGUGGGGCGUGAAAAAGGAGUGGACUGCGUGGAAGAAUACCUGGAAAUAAAGACAGUUACCAUAUCAUUGCCGAAAACGUUUUAAGGUUUACUUACCUACCCCAUAUUAAUAUUGCAAAAU